CGGUCGCCGAAGACGCCCCGCGGAGAUUCAAAGAGCAGCGAGCGCCGCACGCACGCACAUAGUGCAAUCGCAGCGAAGGACGACGGCAGGUGAUCGGCGAGCGCAAAACGGCGCGUUCUGAUAUUCUCAGAAUGCUGACUUGGUGGUUCCUCAUCGCAGCCAUCUCGCUCUCCAACGCCUUUCUGUCUACGUCCGUAAACGCCCGCGACACAUGGCAGAAGCCAGGAUGUCAUAAAGUCGGCCACACAAGAAAAAUUAGCAUCCCGGAUUGUGUCGAGUUCCACAUGACGACGAACGCAUGCCGCGGUUAUUGCGAAAGCUGGGCGGUGCCAUCAGGGCCGAAGGCAAGCCCCACGCAGCCGGUGACUUCCGUGGGACAAUGCUGCAACAUUAUGGAUACGGAGCCGGUGGAGGCACGCGUGCUCUGCGUGGAUGGCGUCCGAACUCUGACGUUCAAGAGCGCCACCAGCUGCUCCUGCUAUCACUGCAAGAAGGAUUAAACUACGCAUGCCAUCAAUUGACACUCGAGUAUUGUUGCAGGAAAUUCCCCCAGGACAAAACUAACAAAGAAAACCAUAUCACAUAUUUAUUUUUAACACAAAAAAAAAAAAAAAAACAUUCAAAACCUAAUCUAAAAUAUUCUUUAGAAAAAAAUUAGCUAUAUGAUUGUCAGUUGCAAGAAAAAUGAAAAAAUUAAAUGAAAAAAUGUAUAUAAUAUAAUUAUCGAUUAAGUGAUGUGUAAUUAAGUAUGUAAAUAUAAUUAUACUGACUGAUGCUGACUGAAGAAACAAACACGUCUAUGAGAAAAACACAAAUAUCUACGUCUCUUUACGAAAUAUUAGGAGUACUACUCCAGAUUCAGAGUCUAUUCUAUAUCUGCACAUUGUGAAGAAAAAUGCUAUAUUCUUACUGUUCAUGUAGUACACUUCAUUUAAAUAAAUAAUUAUAAAUGAUAAUGUAACUGUGUAUUAAAAUAAUAAAGUCCGUAUGAAGUGAGUGCAA